GUAGUGAAAGUUACAAAACUUGAAGAGAUGUCUUUUGAGGAAACAUUGAGCGUUGAGGGAAGUGAGGAAGCAAGGGCAUUGGAGUAUAGUGACGUGGGCAUGACUAGUGAGUCAUUCGACUCAGAGAGGACAGAGGAAGGGGUAGGAAGAAGUGAGAUGGUUAUGGUUGAGGGAGAUGGGGUGAGGCAGUAUGAGUCUGAAUUCAGGACCAAGGAUAGCCUGGGUUAUUUAGUAAAGAGUUAUGAAAUUUCUUCCGGAGUUUUAAUUAGGCCUGCUGAGGUAGAGGAGAGGGCAUGUUCUGCACCUCAGGAUCAUUGGAUGCCUAUAAAAGGUGGGGAAGUUGGUGAAGGAGGGGGUGAUUUAGUGAAUAUCAUGUACCUCACCAGCUCAAAUGUCAUAAAGGCUGCUGAGCUCUAUGGGCCAAGUGCUUUGAGUGAAGCUGAGAUGGAUAAGUUUUUGAGUGCUGCUGAAGGGGUGGCCAUUCCAAAGAAGUCAAGGAAGAAGUCAAGGACUUCAACUAAUGAGGCAAGUGAGAAAAGAGUUGGGAAGGAGUUGGUGCAUAGCAACUCAGCUGGAGUUCAAAAAGUGCUACCAAGGCCAGAGCUGAAAAGGAAAGGGAGUGAGGAGCUAAGAGCACUUCAAAAAAAGAAGAAGAUGGUGGAAAAGGAGGUUAGGGGGGACAAGGUAAUGGAGUUCGUACCUCAGCCUCCUCCUAUUGAGCUCGAUCCUGAGCUCAAGGAGAUUGAGGUCAAGGAGGCUGAGGCUAAGGAAGAGGUGCUGAGGUACGUUGGGGCGACUGUGGUGAAGCACACUCUAGAGAGUGCAAGCUGGGUGAAUGCACUAGCCCAAGAGUUUGUAGAGAAUGUGAAGGAGCGCACUCUCUUGCGGAGCUCAUUUUUGAAGAGAGAAAAAGGAAGAUCUCUGAAAGCGAGCACGAGGGUCAGGAGAAAGAAAAAAAAAAAGAAGAUGAAAGAUGCUGUGGUCAAGCUAAAGAAGAAUGUGGAGUUGUUGUUACACAAUGCCAUAGAGGAGCAUAUUGUAGAUUUCUUGAGGUUUGGGACUUUUGAGAAUAUAGUCAACCUAUAUCGACUGCCUACUGCGAUCUUGGCCUUCACAGACUGCAGAAAGAAGGUGAAGUCACAAUAUCCCAAAGUGGAUGUUACAAGUGUCACCUUUGGUGAACAAGAAGAAAAGGUGGAGGAGAAUGGUGAAAGCAUGUUAGCUGACUUCCGGCCAAAAGUUACGCUGAGGUGGGAUCACGAUGUACAAGGUCAUACAAUCUUUCCUCUAAACUUCGACUUCGAGUUCGUUGUAGUGGAAGAAGAGGUUACAGAGGUAGAGGAUAUAUAAGAGGAAGGGAAUCAGCCAUCUCCUCUUCCUACUGAGGAACAGCCACCUCCGAAGUAGUUAGGAUUUUCAUUGUUUUUUUUUUUUUUAUGUUAAUAUUGGAACAAUUUAUAGUUUGAAUAGUUUGUAAUGUUUAUUAUUCAAUGAAAAGCUUUUGAAAUUAUAUGUAAUAUUUGUUUUGUGUUAUGUUUGUUUUAGAUUAAUCAUAAAAAUUGAGAUGAAGU